ACUCAAUUCAAACAUCCCAAAUUUGACAUUAACGAAGUUGUAAAAUUUAUUAUAGGGGUUGCACUGAAGUACAAGUUUCUUUAUUGAUUUAAAAAAUUGGAUUGUUUCUUCUUUAAUCUUCUCUCCUUUUUAGACUCUUGUCACUUUCUUGAAUUUUACUUAUCUGGGAUCAUUUUCUUGAGUUCUGUAUGAACACAUCCCCAUUUAACAUUAACAAAGUUUUGCACUAAAGUACAAGUGUCUUUAUUAAUUUUAAGGAUUGGAUUGUUUCUUCUUCAAUCUUCUCUUCUUUUUAGACUUAAGUUUCUUAAAUUUUACUUAUCUGGGGGUCAUUUUCGUGAGUUCUUUAGUCCUUUAAUUUGCUUCCAGAGGUGUUAUUUUUCUCUACUCAAAAACAGAAAUGAAUGGAAACCCAUCUCCAAGAUUCUUAAACUCAAUGAACCACUUUGAUUUUUUCAAGAAAUUCAAACGUUUGAAGUCUCUUGAACCAUCACUGGCAAUUCUUGGUUUCUUCUUUUUCAUCUUUUGCUUAUACUUGUGUCUAUUCUUGUUGGAUUUUAGAAUAGUGAAUAACAACAGUGGUUCUCAGUUGGGUGGGCCCUCUUUUUUUGUUACGUGGUUUGGUCUUAACGACUCUCUUUUAGUAAAUAGUAGUAGAAAUGAUGAAAAAGUGGGGUUUCUUGAAAAUGGUGGUGAUGGUUGUGAUAUAUUUGACGGGAAUUGGGUGUGGGAUGAGAGUUAUCCACUUUAUAAAUCAAAAGAUUGUAUGUUCUUGGAUGAAGGAUUUCGUUGUUCUGAAAAUGGCAGGCCUGAUAAUUUCUAUACUAAAUGGCGUUGGCAGCCUAAAGAUUGCAACUUGCCCAGAUUUGAUGCAAAAUAUAUGCUAGAAAAGCUGAGGAAUCGACGGGUAGUGUUUGUUGGGGAUUCAAUAGGAAGAAACCAGUGGGAGUCUCUUCUCUGCUUGUUGUCUUCUGCAGUUUCUGAUAACAGCUCGAUAUAUGAAGUUAAUGGUAGUCCAAUUACAAAGCAUAUGGGUUCUUUAAUUUUUAAGUUCAGGGAAUUCAACUGCACGGUCGAAUACUACCGAGCUCCAUUCUUAGUGCUGCAGAGUCGUCCGCCUGCUGGGGCUUCAAGAAAUGUUAAAUUGACCUUGAAGUUGGAUCAGAUGGAUUGGAGCUCUGUUCAGUGGAAAGGUGCAGAUUUUUUGGUUUUCAACAGUGGUCACUGGUGGAAUUAUGAGAAAACCGUUAGAGGGGGAUGCUACUUCCAAGAAGGCAGAGAGAUCAACAUGACAAUGAGUGUGGAGACAGCAUUUCAGAAGUCAAUUGUGACAUUGGUUGAUUGGAUAGGUCGUGAAGUGAACAUGUCCAAGACUAAAAUCUUCUUUCGUACUUAUGCUCCUGUACACUUCAGAGGUGGAGAUUGGAAGACUGGUGGUAGCUGUCACCUUGAGACUUUACCUGACUUAGGAUCAUCCCAAGAGUCAUUGAAGAACUUGUUUGAAUAUAAAACAGUCAUUCAAGUGCUAUCGCAGCUCUCUAACAAAUCAAAGGCUUCGAAUAUGGGCUUACUAAAUGUAACAGGAAUGUCCUCUAGGAGAAGAGAUGGUCACUUGUCUUUGUACUAUUUAGGCCCUAAGGUGGGACCGGUUCCUCUCCACAAGCAAGACUGCAGUCACUGGUGUCUUCCCGGUGUCCCUGAUUCAUGGAACGAGCUUUUCUAUGCAAUCCUCCUCAAACAGGAGUUUGCUCAGGAAAAAUUCUCCAAAUCCACUUCUGAAUCCCCGAAAUGACAGCAGAGAGGUCGUCUCAACAUGUUUCCCCCAACAUUCAAGUGGUGCUCCUCGCCUCAAAUGUAAGGCAAACUGAUUUCAUUUGAGUUGAAGGAUUCGCUCAUCCAGGUACUCUUGCAGCUCAUAAGUAUUAGAAGCUGUACCUUGGAAAGGAAACUUGAGCCAGAGCAACCAAUAUUCCAAUUCUAUUAUACCAAAUGAAUAUGUCCUCCUUCGAGAUCAAUUUGGAAGUACAGAAAAGGGCAUCCUUAGUUGAGCUGUUGAGAUACUAUUUAGGUUCCAGUUGCAGUUGUGUAUCAUAGGAUUAUUUUCCUGAGUCCUUUUUAAUCGGUCAGGACUCGGGAGUGAAAUUUAGGUCUUUAGUUCACGGAUAUUGUUAAGGGUAACUCGCCGUGAACUGUAUAGAUGAAGAGACAUUAUCCAGUUUGAUAAAUUCUGCGUCUUAAUACCAGCAGCCAGCCAUUGUAACAUUGUAAAUACUGAUCCUUUUUGAUAGUUCACAGAACAGCAGCAACAACAAUGCUCUAUCCCAAGCAAGUUGGAGUCGUCUCCAUGAAGGAUGACGAAAAACUGUGGUGAAAAUGCUGCUUCUUCGGUGUAAAAUGUUUAUUCAAAUAGCAAUGAUAAUUGUAUAGCCAAAAGUGUAACAGGUGUUAGAGGUAGUUUUGUAAUUGAUUAAAUAUUCAUGAAUAUAGAAAAGAGGGUUAAGAGUUGAAACAAAUUUGUGACUUACCCGAUUACAAUGUGUUAGUUGCUACUGCAUCUUUCUUU